CCGCAAGCUCCGUCAGCUCACAACGUCCAUCCGUCUGCCCACAACAUUCAGUUUGAACUCCCCCUUUCCGGCCCGGCCAAAUAUUCCUUUGGUAGCAGUUCGUAUUUCCUUCCCUGUUGGAGCGAAGUCAAAAUGGCGAGCCGAAGUAAGAGGAAGAAAUCCCCAGAAUUACCAGAUCCUACAAAUCCACUGAAAAGGACCAAGAACAACGUUUUGGAUGAAGAGUCUAGCUUGCGUGCCUCUGCCUCUGCCUUACAGCGGCUUCUUGAUUUCUCUGAUCUUCACGAGUCAGCAUCUAUCCGACAACGUUUCGAUACUAUCUCCUCUACACUACUACAUGAUUUUACCAUUGUGGUACAGACGGGUCUGGGAUCGGGGUCCGACUCCGUAGAAACCAGACUUCAAAUCAUGGAGAUGGAGCUUUAUUUCUGGAAUUCGACUUGCCACCGGGACCCAUUCACUCACAGAAGCCAGGAACAAAAGACGGCAGGUCAAUGGUAUUUUCACCGCAUCCCUAGACGGUCUAAUGAUUCUACACAAACCCUGAUCAGCACCUCUGGAUAUAGAGGCGGGACGCGCAAGGGAUUGGACCUCACAAUAAGCGGCAUCACUCCCACUGAAUCACGCUAUUUUCUUUCUUCUUCAAGUUCGCAUCCUGACUCUUACGGUGGCGUUCUUUUACGCACCCUCCGCGACUUGAACUCUGGAAAAAUCAUUUCGGGUCCAUCUCUCCUCGUGGAUCAUAUCCUACAGCUCAGUGGGGCGGAAAGAAUUCCAGAUUUGGUCGAGAAUCACUGGGGCAACGACACUAACGCGUUCAACAACACAUGUUUGGGUGAAAGAAAAACUUGCAUGUUCCUUUGUCCAUCCCCAAACACAAAUACGAGACUCCAUAUAUACAAAUCCCCUCGCAUCGGCCUCGAUCUCUCCCAUCCUGACACCACAGCUUCUCCUACUCACCCUCGAGUAGAAUUCAUUUCCCAGCCUUACCGAUACUUUGUUCAUCCAGAGAGGUUGACAGCAAACAGGCGAGCGCAGACACUGCUCGGUGUUCUUCCUCAGAAGGAGCUCUCCGGACUAAAAGACAAGACCGUGGACGCGUAUCUGGCAGAAUAUCAGGCCGGUAUGGAUAGAAAGGCCAAGCUGGAGGAAUUUAUGGGUGCACGCGGGAAAGGCGUCUCAUCGUCUCCGACAAAGUACAUGAAAUUGAUGGGCUGCAUUGAAUCCCUGAAAGCUGGCAGGUCUGCAGCUGGUGAUGAUGAUGGAGCGAACUGAAUUGUGAGGGUAUGAUUGACGAUGUUCUUCCUACCACUGACGUGUCUCUUAUGUGUAUUUUAUUUCCGUUAUCAUUUUUCUGCCUACCAUCACCAUCUGUAAAUAUCGUCUCGGCUGCGGGACGUCUCAAUGCGUCAAACCCUCCCUCAG